AUGGAUGCUAUGGAAAAAUCGCACACCUUGGAAUCAUCUGUGGUUUCUUCUCUAUUCAACUUACGUCAACUUGUGUGGACAGAGCUCUCCUCCGUUGUGUCCAGCGUAAGGGAACAUUUCGAGAGUUCCAACCAAGAACAUGUAUCAGAAAUUGAAAAUGUCACGAAGCAAAAUCGGUCUCUAAAAGAGGCAUUGAAUCAGCUUAACGAAAUUAUUCAGGGAAAAGAGAUUGAGAUACAUGGAUUACGCCGACAGAUUCGCAGCUUUUCUGCUGGGAGACCACUUUGUUUUGCUUGUGGUGGCAAGGUUGCAGAUAUGGUCGGCGCAUUUCACUGGAAGGGCAUGCGCCCACCCGUUCCUACACAGUGUCCGCGCAAUAAACGCAAUUCUUUUUUGCCCAAUCUACAGGCAAAUUUUGAAGUCCGUAAACGCUUUCGACCUAAUACCUCGUUGUCUACAUCACCCGACGCCAGCGUCACCACAACUGAUACGUUCAAACCCUUAUCUGCCAACCCGGUGCUCUCUAGAGCUUUGCGGCGCUCACUCAAGCGCCCAUGUGUACGCAGCUCCGGCACUAGUCCCAUCAAGCCCACCACAUCGAUUUGUCCCGCCAAAUACGGGCUUCGCGAGUCACCCUCCAGUAACCGUGCUGAGGCAGUGGCCAUUUUUCCGACGAAUUGCUUGGCUACUGGGUCUUCAUCAACUGCCAGGGAAGGGAUCUUUCGAGUAGAUGAGCUCAGUCCUCCCACUCGACAGUUCGACGCCUCGCUGGCCAUCCGGAACGCUGUGAAUCAUUAUGAUCUAGGUGGUGCAGAUUCCACUCAAUUUGAUUCAACAGCCGCUGUUAGAGACGGCAACACGACUGACGACCAAUCUUCAAUCACUCUAUCGGUUGGUCCACGUCCAUCAUUCAAGUUUUCCUUCCAUCGUGUUCGUCCGAAAACCCGUUCGCAUCAGGUCGCCACACAUUUGAUGAAGCAGAGACUGGGUUCGGGUUUGAAUGCGCGUAGACGACGUAGAAGAAGGGGUUCAGGUGAGCCUCAGAAACGCGGUGGUUAUGCUGCACCACGGAAUCCCGUUACUUUCGAGACAAACGCAUUUGCAGACUCCUAUCACCAAUACGUUUCCGACGGAACAUUAGCGGAUUCUACCUUGGCUUCCGGUUUCCUGGACUCGGAACGGUCUGUCGUAGUUGAGGAUAAACCGGCUGAGGAUGACUCUCUUCCGAAUGCUGCUGACACUUCUUUGGUGUCUAAAAAGUGUUUGCCCACUCUGGGAAUGUCUCCUACCUUGUGUUCCGAAGUUGUUUUCAAAUGCCCUGAGAUUCCCGUCUCACAGAAGCCGGAACCCGCUGAUCUAAUCUCCGCCAGUCGUCCUGCAUUAGUGGAGCGUCAAUUCAAUGCCACUGUUCCGCAUCAGGGGCAGCAAUGUUCUACAGCACCAAAGAAAUCCUGA